AUGGAAGAACUUAACAAGAAAAACAAGGAACGGAUAAAGGCGUACCAACAACUUUACACUCAGGAAAUGGAGAAUGAACAAGUCCUAGAAGAACUGAAACUUUGCGAAGACAAUCAGACAAUAUUCAAGUCUGUGGGACCAAUCAUAAUGAAACAAGAUAAAGCAGAAGCGAUACUCACUGUUGAGAAAAGGUUGGAGUAUAUACGGGCUCAAAAGGAAUUGACAAAAUCUGAAAUUGAUAAGACAAAUUCUAAACUCAAGGAAAUGAUAGAAAGUGGUAUCACUAAGGAAACUAUAACUAUCAAUAAUGGUGGAAAUAAUGAACAAAAAUAA